AUGGCAGAGAAUGAUGACAGUCGGAUGCUGAAACUCCAGAUCUCCGGUUUGGUGGGCGAUGGCUUCGAGUUUGAAGCUCCGGCCUCGAUGUUGGGCUCUGAGUUGCUAGAGAUGCUCCGGGAGCGGGUGGCCCAAAAGCCUGGCACGCGGCUGUCGUUGCAUCAUGAGGCGCGGAUGCUGGAGACCCAGAAGAGUCUGAAGGAACAAGGCUUCCUGGAGGAAGCUGACAGAGUGGGGUUUGUAAGCUUGACCUAUGUUCACAGCAGGGUUGACCUGCGCUUGGCCUGGGCCUUCCUGGUCGAUUCAGAGGAAGUGGAAUCCAUUGAAGGGGUCAGCGAGGUGUGUGGCUUACAGCGCUUAGAUCAGCUGCGCAAACUUCCUAGCAGCCUGCAAGCCUUGACGUUGGACUGGUGGGAGGUUGGAUGGUUGGAUGGCUUGCAGAAUUUGCGGCGGCUGAGCAUUGGAGACCACUUCAAUCAGAGCUUGGAAGGAGUGAAGUGGCCCCCCAACCUGGAGCAACUCAGCUUUGGCUAUAGAUUCAACAAGCCUUUGGAGGUGCCGUUUCCCAGUAGCCUGCGAAGCUUAACCUUGGGAAACGACUUCGACCUGUCCUUGGAUGAAGUGAAAUGGCCACAGCUGCAGAGCUUGACAUUGGGCGAAUGCUUCAAUAGCAGCCUGAAGGGAACGAACCUGCCGGGCAGCUUGAAGAGCUUGACUUUCGGCAACAAAUUCAACAAGUCUUUGGAUCAGGUCGUGUUACCUGCAUCUCUGGAAUGUCUGCACUUUGGCGAAGGAUUCGAUCAACCCCUGGAGCACGUGACCUGGCCCCCGGCCUUGAUAGACCUGACCUUGAGCGCACGCUUCAAUCAGCGCCUGGAGCUGUUGAAAUUUCCAGAGACUUUGCGGAGCUUGACACUAGGGCGAAACUUCAAUCAGAAUUUGUUCUGGAUGAGGUGGCCCAGCAGCUUGCAAACCUUGACGUUGGGCGUCUUCUUCAAUCAGAGCUUGGAGCAGGUGAAGUUGCCCAACUUGCAAAGCCUGACAUUUGGCUACAGCUUCAACCAGAGUUUGAAGCCAGUCACGUUGCCCAGCACUUUGCAACAUUUGAAACUUGGAGGCGGAUUCACUCAGAGUUUAGUGGGAGUUCAGUUCCCUGGCGGUCUGCAAAGUCUCACGCUUGGGGGGCGAAACUUCAGGCCCAGUUUGUUUCAGGAUGCGCUUCCGCGGACUUUAAAGAGCUUAACUUUUGGCCGUUUGUUCAAUCAGAACUUAGCUUCCGUGACGCUUCCGGACCUCGACAGCCUGACAUUUGGGGACAACUUCAACUUGAGUCUAGGGACCGUGAAUCUUCCACAAAGCUUGCUGCACCUGACCCUGGGAGAAAAGUUUGAUUUUUCCAUUGUGGAGAUCCGCUGGCCCCCAAACCUGCUGAGCCUUACGUUUGGGUCAAACUUCAACCAGAGCUUGGCGCAUGUCCAUCUGCCCGCGAGCCUAGAAACUCUGGUCUUCGGAGAGAGCUUCAACCAAUGCGUCGGUGACUUACCCAGCAACUUGAGGAGCCUCAGCUUUCGCUCCUCCGAUUUAGUGCCGCCCUUUUCGUGGCCCAGCCGCCUACAGCACCUGACCUUUGCGCCUCGUUCCCGGCAGUGUCUGGAACGCUCCCCAGCGCUGCCGGAGGGAUUGGAGACGUUGAUCCUGGGCCAGUCGCAGCCGCCGCAGCACUUGCCCAAGGGGCUGAAGGUCUUUCAGUGUGCUGAUCUGCUGCUGAAAGCUUAG